AUGGGGGAGCAAUUCCCUCCCAGUUUCCAGGCCCUGGCGUUUUUGCCUGUAAAGGUUACGGUUAAUGGAAGUGACAUGGUUCUUUAUCUUUCCAGAUUCUUCUUAAAAUUUUUUCUCAAGUGCAAUCAGAAUUGCUUGAAAACAGCAGGAAACCCAAGAGAUAUGAGACGGUUCCAGGUUGUGCUAUCAACAACAGUGAAUGUUGACGGGCACGUACUGGCAGUGUCUGACAACAUGUUUGUUCACAACAACUCCAAGCAUGGACGGAGAGCAAGGAGACUUGACCCCUCAGAAGGUAGGAUUCUCAUGUUUUUGGAGCACUCCACGCCGUGCAUCAAAGCGAUCAGCCCAAGUGAAGGCUGGACUACAGGGGGAGCAAUGGUGAUCAUUAUUGGAGACAACUUCUUUGAUGGGCUGCAAGUUGUAUUUGGAACCAUGCUUGUAUGGAGCGAGCUUAUCACACCUCAUGCCAUUCGAGUUCAGACACCUCCACGUCACAUUCCCGGAGUGGUUGAAGUGACAUUAUCGUACAAAUCCAAACAGUUUUGCAAAGGCGCACCGGGCAGGUUUAUUUACACAGCUUUAAAUGAACCUACCAUAGAUUAUGGUUUCCAAAGACUGCAGAAGGUCAUCCCAAGACAUCCUGGUGACCCCGAAAGAUUAGCUAAG